GGUGGAUGCCCGGCUGGCUCGGCGGUCGGGAGCGGAGGCGGAGGGGGGCGGCAGCUCGGCGCAGGCCGCCACCGCCGCUGCUGCCAGCGCGGGUUUCGCCACGUUGCAGGGCUGCCUGCGCCACUUCGUCACCCCCGAGCGCCUGUCCGCCUCGGAAGCCUCCUGGGUGUGCAGCUCCUGCCAGCGCCGCCAGCCCGCCAUCAAGCAGCUCUCCAUUCGCCGCCUGCCGCCCGUGCUGGCCCUGCAUGUCAAGAGGUUCGAGCACCGACACCACCACCACCACCACCAUCAACACCACCGGCUGAUGCAGCAGGGGGGCGGGGGGCCGGUGCAGGCGGCGCUGGGCGGUGGGGGCGGGCUGGCGGCG